ACGAUGUCAUGAUCCCCGCAAUACUUGGUCCUCGGUUCGGGGAAUAUUCACUAUUGGAGCUUAUACCGUCAUACCCCGGAUUCGAGACGGAGCGGCAGAUGUCUAGUCGCGCAGUACGACACAGACUAUGCCCCCGUCACGAGGCUACUUAGCAACAGCGAGCUAAAGCUUGUCAGUAUAAAGCAUGGCUAACCUCAGCGAUGCUCCGGGUUGAUCACACCAGUCAUUGCAAUCGCCUGUCAUGUUGCGCAACGCAGCUCUAGCGACCGCGCUGUUCUUCGGCCUAGCAGUCUCCGACGCUGCUGUGCCAACCGCUCAGACGAAGAAUGGAACGUAUGUCGGCAUACACUCUGCCGAAUAUGAUCAGGACUUUUUCUUGGGUAUACCGUAUGCUCAGCCGCCCGUGGGCAGUCUUCGCUUCAGAAAUCCUGUUGGCCUCAACACCACCUGGGACGAGACGAAGCCGGCUACGCAGUACUCUACUGAGUGCUACGGAUAUGGCUCUGAUCAAUGGAACUAUCCGGUCUCGGAAGAUUGUCUGUACCUGAAUGUUGUUCGUCCGGCAGGAUGCAGCGAGGAUGAAAAACUUCCAGUCGCAUUCUGGAUACAUGGAGGUGGCUUCUUCGAAGGAGGAGGUGUCGAUCAGCGCUAUAACCUCUCGUUUACCGUGGAGAAUGCUCAAAAGAUUGGAAAGCCCAUCAUUGGUGUGAGCAUCAACUACCGACUAUCUGCCUGGGGCUUCCUGAGUGGAAGCGAAGAAGUCAGGGAUACCGGAAACCUGAAUCUGGGCCUGAGAGAUCAGCGUUUGGCGCUGCAAUGGGUACAGGAGAACAUCGAAGCCUUUGGAGGCGACCCCGAACAAGUGACUAUAUAUGGCGAGAGCGCUGGUGGAGCAUCCGUUGGAUUCCACUUGACAGCCUACAGCGGACGCGACGACAAGCUCUUCCGUGGUGCUAUCAUGCAGAGUGGCAAUCCCAUCAACUUCGGGCCUCUUCCGGACCCAGCAGUAGGCUAUGCCGACAUGUACAGCGAGCUCACUCGCCGAACCAACUGUGCAAACACUACCAGUCCGCUCGAAUGUCUACGUCAGUUGCCUGCUGAGCAGCUAAACACUGCUCUCAACACCACAACUCCGACCUUCAACAUAACGAACUUCAUGCCUUGCCUGGAUGGUGACUUCAUUCAGAAGCGCACCUCUCUUCAGCUUGAAGCCGGCGAGUUUGUGCAUGUUCCAAUUAUCUCGGGUGCCAACUCGGAUGAAGGUACAGCAUUCAGCCCUCAGCCUGUAAACUCCACCGAGGAUCUUCGUACCUUCAUCAUGGCGAGCGGAGUUCCUGCCAAUCUGACAGAGCAGCUACUUGCAGCGUACCCUGACGAUCCUUCCGUCAAUGUUAUCGCAAGCUUGGGUAACCUCACCCUAGGCCCGGCAUUUGGAGCGCAGUUUCGCCGCUCAGCGUCAUACUUUGGCGACCAAGUCUUCAUUGCCAAUCGUAGGUUGACAUGUCAGACAUGGGCUGCUGCCAAUGUGUCAGCAUACUGUUAUCGCUUCAAUGCGAUCCCGGCUGGCCUCCCUGCUGCAGUCGGUGUCACGCACUUCCAAGAAGUCGCAUUCGUAUUCCUCAACCUACAAGGUGUUGGAUAUCGGCCCGCUGCUACUCCUCCAUUCGAGAACAAGACCGAGAACUACCGUGACCUUUCAAGGUUCAUGAACAGCAACUGGGUCAGUUUUAUCCAUGAUCUCGAUCCCAACUCGUGGAGGGAGACGUACGAUUUCAAUGGAACAGAGCCCAUGUGGCCUCGGUACGAUAACGCUAAUCCGAUGGACUUUGUGUUCGACGCCAAUGUGACGAGCUAUGCGGAACCGGAUACGUACAGGAAGGAGGGCAUGGAGUUGAUCAACGCUCACAACUUUGACGUUUACCAGCGAUGAACAAACACUCGCUCUAGUACAUAGCACCUGACAGCUCAAAUGAUUAUUCAUACAAUUUUCUG